AAUCCCAAAUUAAGCUCCCAUCAAGAACAACUUCGCCCCAUCUUGUUAAUUCUUAAUGGGUCCAAGACAGUUCAGUACCAGACAGAAAGAUUCGAGAAUGGAAGGCAUGGGGGACUGGACAAGCAGCAAGAUCGCUUAACAUUGGAGAAAAACUCCAUUGGAGAAAUAAUUGAAGUUCAUGAAAGAUCAAAAAUUGAAACAAUUUUGAUUCAUAAAACUGGGGAGGAACCAAAGAGGAUGUUGGUUUUCCUUUGGAUUUCACAUGAGCCAUUAAAACCCAGGAAAAGCUUGGGGGUCACAUGGUGUUUGGUAGAGGUGGGACAUGCUCUACACAGAUACCCAGACAACAGUGGCAUAUGGAGACAUCACGGCAUGUCGUUUAUCUUUCCGUUUCCUUACGAAAAUGGGCCACAAACAAUGCUCUUCAUAUCAUUCUUCGGUCAAAAUCCCUGCUCUGUUCUACUUCUAAUGAACUUAAAUUUCCCAUCUACGGUGGUUAGUGAACUGUGGUGGCUUUCGACACUUGUGACUGUCGGUGGGUGGAGGCUGUAUAUAAAGCCACGCAUAUGGGUUCCAUUAAUUCGCAGUCAUCGGAGGCUCGGAUCUGAAUGCCGUGUUCUAACUGGGAAUGAGCUAUGUGGUAGCUAAUGCUUGGAACAGACAAGAAAUAA